AUGCUUAAAUAUUACUGUAUUGAAGAUGCUGCCUGCAUCUGCGUGACAUGCAGGCUUGAUGGAGAACAUCAGGGACACCUGGUGAGAAAGCUAGAUGAAGCCUCAGAAAUAAAGAAAAAGUCUCUAACACAUGUUCUUCAGAAGCUAACCAUAAGGAGAGAGGAGACUGAGAAAAAAGUCAAGCGUUUGCAAGAGCAUAGAAGAAUAUUAAAAGAAAAGGCAGAUGAUGUAACAGAGAGAGUCAGCGCCAUGUUCAGAGACAUCAGGAGACAGCAGGAAGACCUGGAGAGAAGGGUCUUGAGUGAGAUCUCCAGGCAGCAAGAACAGCUUUCACUCUCCAUCUCUGACCUGAUCCAACAGCUUGAAUCUAAGAAGGGUGGGCUGUCCAGGAAGAUCUGUCAUACUGAAGAGCUGUGUAACAUGACUGAUCCACUGACUUUCUUACAGGAAUCAGACACAGGGGACUUGUCUGAUACUGAGGAGGAAGAUAAUGAGGACAACGAGAGACAUGAUAAACUUCUUAAUGAUGGAGGGGAUUUAGAUGUGACUUUAAUCUCCCACACAUUGCACACAGGUUUAUUUGAUAUAAUAAGAGGAGUGAAUGUAUGCUUCUUUAUACAAGAUCCUGCAGACAUAUUACUAGAUGCAGACACAGCUAGUAAUCUUUUUAUUUCAGAUGACAAGAAAAAUGCAUCUUGGUCAGGUAACCAUCAUAGGACCCCAGAAGAACCAGAGAGGUGUCCAAAUCGUCCUCAAGUUUUAAGCAGAAACAGCUUUUCCUUUGGGCAAUGUUACUGGGAUGUGGAUGUCAGGAAAUCAAUGUGGUGUAGAGUAGGGAUGUGUUAUCCCAGUGUAGACAGGGAAGGGUUUCAGUCACGCAUUGGUGAUAAUGACAAGUCUUGGUGUUUGGAAAAAUAUUAUGGUCAGUGCUUAGUAAGGCAUAACAACAAGGACAUCCAGUUGCCUCAUGAUAUCUCCACUCACAGAUUCAGAAUUUAUCUAGAUUAUGAGUCUGGAGAGCUGUCAUUUUAUGAGUUAUGUGACCCAAUCAGACACCUCCACACCUUCACCACAAACUUUACAGAGCCCCUUCAUGCGGCGUCAUGGGUUUGGUAUUCCAGCUGUGUACAAAUAUGUGGAGUGAGCCAACAGAUGUGA